UGAAAGGUUGCAGUGAAAGCUUGUGAGAAGGAAAUGGCCAUAGCAAAACCAAAGUAUAAAAUAUCCUUCAGAAGAGUGAGCUCAGCUGUCCUGGCUCUCACUCCAGAUGUAGAACUUGAACUGUCAGCUUUGUUUCCUCCUAAAAGCUUGAAUGCAUGAAUCAGAGGCAAGGCACGAAAAGAUAAAACUAAGGUAAGCUAAGUUAGGAUUGCUGCCUUCUUUGGUGAAUGGAGGGUUCAUUUGCCUUUAACAGUUAUGUUGCAGGCAGAAAUUGCAGCUGGCCCUAACAUUAGGCAGAGUGAAGCGGCUGCAUCAGGUGGCUGGUGCUGGGUGGUGGCAGUGAGGUAUUGGAGGGCAGAGCCAUGUAUCCUACUUUGCAGAAGACGGUCCUCUAUUUGAAAGUAUCCUGGCUCCCACUCAAAGCAGCUCACAGAAGCUCUUACAUUUGAGUAACAAAGAGAUCUUUAUCGAGGGAAGUGUACACUCCCAUAUGCCAAAUACGUAUUUUAAAUAAGAUUGAUGCUAAUAAGCCAUGCACCGAAAGGUCAGUUUUGUCCCCAAAUCUUUGAGUAGUAGUUGGUGGAUGUACCAACAUGCAGCCUUGCAAUAUACAGUAAGGCUCUUGGCUAUUAUAAGGGCUUGUAGAAUUCACAUUUGUUGUCUGAUUCUGCACUUGCAGAAUCAGACAACAUUGCAGUAGGAAGGUGAUUUAUGCCAAGUCAGCCCACUGCACCAUCUAGGUCACUAUUGUCUACAGUGAUGGGCAGUGGCUGUCCAUGAUUUUGGGCAAAGGUCUCUCCCAGCUCUACCUUGAGAUGGAAUUUAGGACCUUCUGCCACUGAGCUGCAGCCUUUCUGUACAAAGGCUAUGUGGAAUUUACAUAGCACUGUAUAUGUAUUGCUAAUAUACCCAGUUUAGAGUAGAAGGGGUGGGGGUGGGGAGUGUCUACGUGCAUUCUCACCAAGAAGAUCAGCUUGACUCUGCCCAAAAUUGCCAACUCUCAUCUCACCAUCCAUUUGCUCUCUUCAUCUUUUCCAUAGUUUUAAGCAGUGCCUUUUUUCUGGGGGAACGCAGGGGUACGCAUACCCCUAAACAUUUUGCGAAUCUAAGUUUGGCCUCAUUGAGGGGCAGUAUUUCAAUAUGAGUAGGAAAAUGAGAGUACCCCUAAACAUUUUUUUAAGGAAAAAAGCGCUGGUUUUAAGCAAACAAUUCUGCCCACACCUGAUCCUUCCCCCCUAAAAAUGACAUAGUAAUUUCAUCCCCUGUCACUCCUGAGUGAUCACCUGGUUAUUGGGAGCUGUUUUUCCAAGAUGCAUUAGCAGCUCUGAGAAGAGUAUUUCAAUGGAGGAGGUAGCAUUAUAAAAGGAUCUUGGCUGUACUCAUUACAGUUUCAUCUGAAGCACUCAGACUCUUCCUUUGUAUAAAUUCAUCAUCUUUCACUGUUAAAAAAAAACCUUCCAGCUAUCAUUAGAACCAUUUAAAUAAUCAUAUCAAUAAUUUACCAUCAAUAGGUUUUUAUUUCAAAUUACAGUUUUGUUACCGCUGCUAAAAUCCGAUUACAAAAGUAGCGGGAGUUCUGCUACUUCCUACCUAGAAUUUUAAUAACAAUUUAUCCCCCCCCCACCUCAUAACACUUGGUUUUAUCGAACUAAGUCCUAUGAAGCAUUGACCCACUGAAAUCAAUGGCUGCAACUAAUUUGCCCGUUGAUUUCAAUGGGUCUACUCUGCACAGCUCUCAGUUGAAUGCAACUGUAUGUUUCAGCAGAUUAUCUGCUGAAGUGAGGUAAAUCUGGAAUACAAUGCAACUGAGUUCAAUUUUGACCUCCAUAGUACUUUGUGAUGACCCCAACAUGCUUUCCUAACAACAACAACCUGUAGAGGAAAAUGACAUCUUGCGCUGUGAUAAUUGAACAUCAACAAUGCUUAAGAAAAUAAACUGUAGACCACAGAAAAUUCAGUUCCUUGGUUAAAGAGUAAGCACCAGGAAAUCCGCCAACGUUCUGUUCUGGGGCUUUUGUGUGUACUCUGGAAAUGCAUGAGUGUUGAUUGUUACUUGGGAGGGACCAUUGUGUACUUUUAGAUAGGUAAAUGCAAAAUAUUCAAAAGAAUAACUUAACUCCUGCCACAUGGAAUGAUUUCAGAUGGAAAAGGUAAGUUGGCUCUCUGACUGGACUCAGGGCUUUAUGUGUUUUAAUGUAUCUUCUUGCACAUGGCUGAUGAAUUUUUGUGAGGGCUGGUUUUUUUAUUUAUUCAUGACCUUCUGCAUUCAAAGCAGAUGCUUUACCACUGACCUACAGCCCUCCCCAUGUAGGAGCUAUAAAGCUCUUCUUGUAUGAGCUGGGAUUUGGAGCAAUAAUAAUAAUAAUAAUAAUAAUAAUAAUAAUAAUAAUAAUUUAUUAUUUAUACCCCGCCCAUCUGGCUGGGCUUCCCCGGCCACUCUGGGCGGCUUCCAAAAGAAUAUUAAAAUACUAUAAUACAUCAAACAUUAAAAGCUUCCCGAAACAGGGCUGCCUUCAGAUGUCUUCUAAAAGCCUGGUAGUUGUUGUUCUCUUUGACAUCUGGUGGGAGGGUGUUCCACAGGGAAGGCGCCACUACCGAGAAGGCCCUCUGCCUGGUUCCCUGUAACUUGGCUUCUCGCAGUGAGGGAACCGCCAGAAGGCCCUCGGUGCUGGACCUCAGUGUCCGGGUAGAACGAUGGGGGUGGAGACGCUCCUUCAGAUAUACUGGACCAAGGCCGUUUAGGGCUUUAAAGGUCAGCACCAACACUUUGAAUUGUGCUCGGAAACGUACUGGGAGCCAAUGUAGGUCUUUCAAGACCGGUGUUAUGUGGUCUCUGCGGCCGCUCCCAGUCACCAGUCUAGCUGCCGGCUCUGGAUUAGUUGUAGUUUCCGGGUCACCUUCAAAGGUAGCCCCACGUAGAGCGCAUUGCAGUAAUCCAAGCGGGAGAUAACCAGAGCAUGCACCACUCUGGCGAGGCAGUCCGCAGGCAGAUAGGGUCUCAGCCUGCGUACCAGAUGGAGCUGGUAAACAGCUGCCCUGGACACAGAUUUGACCUGUGCCUCCAUGGACAGCUGUGAGUCCAAAAUGACUCCCAGGCUGCGCACCUGGUCCUUCAGGGGCACAGUUACCCCAUUCAGGACCAGGGAAUCCUCCACACCUGCCCGCCUCCUGUCCCCCAAAAACAGUACUUCUGUCUUGUCAGGAUUCAACCUCAAUCUGUUAGCCGCCAUCCAACCUCCAACCGUCUCCAGGCACUCACACAGGACCUUCACUGCCUUCACUGGUUCUGAUUUGAAAGAGAGGUAGAGCUGGGUAUCAUCCGCAUACUGAUGAACACCCAGCCCAAAUCCCCUGAUGAUCUCUCCCAGCGGCUUCAUGUAGAUGUUGAAAAGCAUGGGGGAGAGGACAGAACCCUGAGGCACCCCACAAGUGAGGGCCCAGGGGGAUGAACACUCAUCCCCCCCCACCACUUUCUGAACACGGCCCAGGAGGAAGGAGCGGAACCACUGUAUAACAGUGCCCCCAGCUCCCAGCCCCUCAAGACGGUCCAGAAGGAUGUUGUGGUCGAUGGUAUCAAAUGCCGCUGAGAGAUCCAGCAGAACUAGGAAACAGCUCUCACCUUUGUCCCUAGCCAGCCGGAGAUCAUCAACCAGUGCGACCAAGGCAGUUUCAGUCCCAUGAUGAGGCCUGAAUCCCGACUGGAAGGGAUCCAAAUAGCUGGCUCUUCUGUGUUUGGGGGCAUUUCUUAGUUCUUACUCCCUGGUACACCUCUGAAAGUAGCCUUGGCAUCAAACUACAGUGGGAAACUCAGACACAGGAAGCUGCUUUAAACAGAGUCAGACCAUUGGUCUGUCUAACCCGGUAUUGCCUACAAGCAAGAAUGGCAACCUGUGGCCUUUCAGAUGAUGUUGGACUACAAUUCCCAUCAGCCUCUCUCAGCAUGGCCAGUGAUAAGGGAUGAUGGGAGUUGUAGUCCAACAACACAUGUGGUGCCACAAUGUUCACCAUCCCUCAUCUACACUGAAUAGCAGUGGCUCUCCAAGCUUUCAGACCAAGUCUUUCAAGACCAGGUAUUGAAUCUGGAACCUUUUGCAUGCAAAGCAGGUGCUUGACUACUGAACUCCAGCUGUUCCCUAAGCUGACUUGCCCAACACCACCAGGUAGAGGUGGCACUUGAAUCCAUGUCUGUCAGGAUCAGAUCCACCACAUGAAGCUCAUUUUAUAAUGAGGAAUCAAAUCUUAUGAAAACCUCAAUUCCAAGCUUUUCUGCACAGGUCUUUUUAAAUUUCUGUCUUGCUGCUUGAACUCAACAAGAAGCAAAUAAUUUUUGUUCCAGUUCUACUAAGAAUGGAAACAAUUAUUGGAUAUCAUGUGCAUUAUCACACACACAUUUUUAUGUGUAUGAUUACACACAUUAUUAUCAGAGGCUGUUCUUUUUUACCUGCCGUCCAUUCAUUGAGUAUUCCUGAGAUAUUGAAAGAUCAGUUGCAAAGCUUGGAGAAUGGAAAUGGUUUAUGUAUUUGGGUUGUGCACUGGAUUCAAAUGAGGUCCAAAUCCUGGACCAUAUUGGGUUCAUUUGGAAGAAUGUGGGUUGCAAUUGAGUUGGGCUGGGGUAGCUCAGAACGAUCUGGGGAUAGUCAGGAGGUGUGGUGUCAAGCAUGAAGAAGGAGAAACCAGAAAAGGAGGGAUCUACCUGGUGGCCACAUACGAUACAAUAAUCUUUAUUGCCAUUGUCCCAUACAGAACAACGAAAUUGAAAAAAUCUACACCAGACAUUCAAAAGCCAACAAGCCUGCUAUCCAAGCUAUCCCAGCCUGGUUAGCCCCCUAAAAACUCUGAUACUCCAUAAUUAAAUACAAUAUACACCCAUAGAGAAGAAGACAGAUGUAGGUAUAGGUGGGUACCUUCACCUUCCAAACUCUCCUUUUUCCUCCCAGGCCUCCCCACUCCUGAAGCAGCACUGUGCAGGAUCAGAUCCUCCCACUUACCAAUUGGGAAUCUCUGACCCUGCAUGUUUCCAGUUGCUGGUUGCUGCUCAUUUCAUGUGUACUCUUUUUGGGAGGGGAGGAAAAGGAGGUGUAGCAUCUCCUCCUUCCCCUCCUGAUUGUGUGUUAAAAGAGGGUUUCAGAAACCCUUAUCCUUGCCUCCUGGAUAUUUUGUUGGACACAAUCCUACUGUCAUUGGAAGGGCAUCUGAGGGGCAAUAGGAUAGACUGGACCUUCCUCUGAAUGAAGAGAGCAGAGCUGAUUAUUGAUGCCCCGUGGAACUGGUAGGGUGGAAGGCAGAGAGGUCAAGAGUAGAUUGAGCCAGAGCCGGUGACAGGUGGAGUCAACUCAUUCUAUCUUUCCCGCUCAUUCUCCUCCCUGCUGAGUUCUACAAGUUCUACACAGAGGAGGUUGACAGGCAGUUCCAGGCUGGUGGGAGCUGGCUGAGGGCAGACUGAGGUUGCUGGGGCAGUGUCCUGUUCCCCUAGUUGACCUUUGCCCUGUGAGUGCAAAAAUCUGGACUGCACUUGCCAUUUCCCUGUCUGUGAUCUGAUUGUGCCAACAGGAAAAAGGGAUGUUAUGGGGGGGGGCAUGGACUGAGGGAGAUUUUAGAUCAUGAAAUGGUAGAUAGUUGGAAGGGACCCUGAGUAUCAUGUAGUCCAACCCGCUCCAAAGCCUUCCCAUUCCCCCAGCAUGCCCCCCAAAAUUGGGGGAGAAAGUACAGGAAGUGACUGUUUUAGGUGUGUGUACAACUGCACCCAAAAACAUCACAAAAAGGGACGGGAACAGAAUGGGGUGUUUGCAGGCUUUUUCAGUGGUGUUUCAAAUAUUCACAAUUUCUUGUAAACACACGGUGCCUUGGAAUGCAAACCCCACAUAAACAGGGAGAUGCCUGUACACUAGAUGGGGGGAGUGGGAAUUGGAAGGGAAAAAGCAGGGAUGGAAUUGUGUGUGGAGGGGCCUAUAAAAGCACCUUCAGGCUUAGGAUUUGUCAGCCCCAUCACUGAUUCUCCACCCUCAACCCUGUAACAUUAUUUUUUGUUUACAGUGGUACCUCGGGUUACAUACGCUUCAGGUUACAUACGCUUCAGGUUACACACUCCGCUAACCCAGAAAUAGUGCUUCAGAUUAAGAACUUUGCUUCAGGAUAAGAACAGAAAUCUUGCUCUGGCGGCGCGGCAGCAGCAGGAGGCCCCAUUAGCUAAAGUGGUGCUUCAGGUUAAGAACAGUUUCAGGUUAAGAACAGACCUCCGGAACGAAUUAAGUACUUAACCCAAGGUACCAUUGUAUUAUUAAAUUUUUGUUACCGCUGAAAUUAUGCUGUUAUUAUGCAAGACAAAAAAAUCCUUCAAAAUUAUUUAGGAACAGAAAGUUGUAAGAACAUAAGAGCUUGCUGGCUUGGGCCAGUAGCCCACCUUGCCCACCAUCCUGUUCUCACAGUGGCCAACCAGAUGCCUCUGGAACACCCACAAGCAAUGACCUGAGCACAACAGCACUCUCCCCUUCUGGGGUUUCCAGGAACUGGUAUUCAGAGGCAUACUGCCCCCAACAGUGGAGGCAGAACAUAGCCAGUAGGGUUAGUAGCCAGAAGGAGAAACAGGGAAGAGAGGAAGGAAGGAAGGAAGGAAGGAAGGAAGGAAGGAAGGAAGGAAGGAAGGAUUCUGUGACUGCAGAAUGCAGAACCAUGGAAUGCAUGCACAACCUCCAUUCUUUAAUGGCACUCAUUUGAAUUCUGGUCCACUUUGCACCUGGUUUUGACUCAGUAGUUUGAAAGCUGCUGCAGGGUCACCUUCAAAGUCAGCUGAGUCUGGCUUGAAACAUUCCCCCUGCCUACCUGCCUACCUGCCCCCUUUCACAUUUCCCCAUGACUGCACUCAGCAAUGUGCAGCUGACGCUGUAUCAUUGGGCUAUGUGCCACCCACCCCUGGCAUGGAAUCUCGUCUAGCCGGUUUGCAUUAGCCAUGUGAUGUAGAGUAAACUCUGGUUUAGAAGCUUAUUGCCUCAGUCAAUAUUUGCAAUCGCUUUAGGGAGGGAAGUUUUCUUUUACUCUCUCUAUCUCUCUCUCUUUAAAACAGCUUUGACUGACGCAAAAGUCCCCAAGCCCCCUCAAAAUCUCCGUAAAUGCUGAUGGGUGUGUCUCACUCACCUCCUCUUCCACAGAUGUUUCCGGCUUUGAGAAGAGCUGAAAAUGAAGGACAGGUUAGAGGAGCUCAGGAACAGAGUGAACGAAGACGGGGACUCUCUGGAUCUAGAUGACACUCUCUCCUUUGACAACCCUAUUUUCCAAGAGGAAGAGGGCAAUCCCAUGAAUAAGGUUUUCCAGGAGAUAACCAGUCUCUCCUUGGCGCUGAAUAAGCUGGAAGAGUUAUCUGAGAACAUCGACAAGAAGCAGCAGCAGGUGCUUUGCUGCACUACUGAGGAAAGCAUUUGCAGAGAGAAAAAAGAGCUGAGUGCAAUCAAAGACUCUUUCACCCAGGAGGCCAAAACCCUGCAGCCGAGGCUCAACAGCAUCCAAGAGGCUCUCACCAGGGACAGCAAGCAGUGGCUGGCCAUUAGCCGCAUACGCCACAUCCAGCUCUCAGCACUUGUUGGCCGCUACCGUGACAUCAUUGCCCACCACUACGCCAAGGAGACACAAUAUGUGGAGAAGCUGAAGGAACAGAUCAGGAGGCAAACGGAACUGGCUGGCUUGGAUCUCCAGGAAGAGGACAUCAAGCGGAUGGUGGAGAGUCCUGUGGUGCCACGCAUCGUUGGCCAAGACUUGGAAGUGCUCAAAGCCAAGCAGCAUCUGGCCUUGGCGCAGGUGCGCCACCAGCAGCUGCUGGACUUGGAAGCGCAGAUUGGCGAGUUGCACGCUCUCUUCCUGCACCUGGAGAUCCUGGUUGCAGAGCAGCAGGAGACCAUCAACAGCAUCGAGUACAAUGUCCUGCAUACCCUUGAUUACAUCUCUCAGUCGAACGAGGAGGUCAAGAAAGCCCUCAAAUAUGAGCGGCAGUCACGGUUAUCUGCUGCGUUGUCUGCAGUGCUGGGCCUCUGCGCUUGCUGCACAUGCCUUUCGUGUAUGGCGACUCCGAGUGUGAUGAGCUGAAUAAAGAAGUGUGGGCACACAGACAUUUUUUCCUAAACUUAAAGGCUACCACUGGUGACUAAUGAUAGCACUCUGGAACAUUGGAUGUGCAUGUCAUUGCAGGUCAGUCCUGGAUAGUUGUUUGGGGUGGAUGGAAGCAUUUGCAAGGCAACUAAAUGCAUCUUCACUCCCUUUUGCUUAUGGAUUUCACCAAGUUUUUUUGUUCUGUUCUUAAGAGCAUGAAAAGAGGCCUGCUGUGGAUGCUUUUUCUGGCCAGCAUCCUGUCUCCAGCCCCGCACAGCUGAAUGCUUCAGGGAAGCAGACAGGCAUGACGUGAAGCUGAUGCAACAACAAUGAAAAGGUGUUCAUUUCUUCAACUAUGUCUGUAGGAACAUAGAAACCUGUCUUCUACUGAGUUUGACCAUGGGUCCAUCUAGCUUCACAAUGACUAUGUUGACUGGCAGGGGAUCUCCAGGAUUUCAGGCAGGGUUCUCUCCCAGUCCUACCUGGAGAUGUUGGGGACUGAAGAUGGGACCUUCUGCAUGCAAAGCAGGUGCUCUACCACUAAGCCGCAGUCCUUCCCCGAACAGCUCUACUGUCUCCCAGUUAAGAGGAGUUAAAACCCAGAAAGGCAGUAGAGGUUAAACCAGCCCAGAGGCCAAAUCUUCUGAUGAACAAUACUCGAAUCAUAAUCCCAAAUGCAUCUGAAAGGAAGGUACUUCUGCAUAUCCUCAUAACACUCUCUUCUUUUCCAUGUUUUCUGUGUUCCAAAUGGAGACUUUGGAAAUGUAGGGCUGGCCCAGUAAUGCAGCAGGAGGCUUAAGUGACCUGCCAGGAAGGGGGAUUAGAGGGAGGCAGGAAUCAGUGCGGCAAGAGUAUUAACCCUAUCUUGGGGUGGGGGUUGGUGGAGGUUGCACAUUUGCAGUUUGCUCCGCUUUUCUUGGGCUGGUACUGUGAAAACAGGUUCUGUGGCAUCUCUCAACUCUGCUGAAGUCUAGCUUCAGUGAAACUGGAGAUUACUGAAAUAUGUAUAGCUCAAAAGAAAGUUGUAGAAUGCCAUAAUUCACCCCCAUGCAACAUCUUCCUUCCUCAUUUUUUGCAUAACAGAGUUGCCACAAAUUCUCCUGAUGUGUCCAUGGUUAGAAUGCAUUACCAUCAGUGGAUGCCCCUUGGACAAGUGACUCCCCCCUCACCAGGAGGGUCUUCUCAGUGGGCCCUGCUGCUAGGGCAUGUGGCCCAUGGUACUGGCCCUGAUCCCCAUAAAAAGAAAGUGAGGGAUCCCCCUCCCUGCCCCACCUGUAAGACGAGGUCAUUGCAACAUUUGGAACAAAGAAGAAAACCAAAAACAUUGUUUGGUUUACUGGCUUUAUUUCCUAGAUGCUUAAAUUGAUCAUGUGUUUUACAUCCUGGCUCCAUUCAGUUAUGAUUUCAAAUGGCUUCUGGUUGGUGUAAUUUGGAAUAACCUACAGUAUGAAUUAAGGGUGUUAAUGUUUACAUAAGAAGGCAACGUGUGCAUGCAUGUAAUAUAUCUAUGUACUUGUAUACAUGCACAUUACAUAUGUAUUAAUAUGCAUGUGUAUAUAAAUUUGUAUAAAAUCAUCUUACACAAUUACGCAGGUCUUCAUACUUUUAUAAGGUGUGUGGGGGGAGGGGGGCUUAGAGGAAAAGCCAUAGGUCAGUGGCAGGGCACAAGCCUUGCUUGUAGAAGUUCCCUGGUUCAUUCCAUGCCAUCUCCAAUUAAAAAACGAGUAAGCAGUGUGCGAUGGAAAAAGACCUUUCUCUCUGCCUGAGAUGCUGAAGAGCGGCUGUCAGCCAGUGUAAACAAUACCAGACAAAUGGUCUGUCUUAAGGCAGCUUCCUAUGUGCUUGCCAGGAGUCUAAAAUAGUUUUCUCCACCUGCAGUCUGAAGCGGCAAAUAUAUUACUCUCCUUAUUAACCAGUUUUAUGCACCACCCUUCAUAAUGUCAGCAAUCCUAGGGCUUUCCCCAAAAUAUAAUUCAACUCAAUUGUCUACAAAUUUGUUGCUUUAAAAGGGGGUGGGGAGGAAAGGUGAAGUUAGAGUCUUUUCUUGUAUUUCUGCACAAUAGUGAAUAGGUGAGAUAUGAAGUUUUGUUUUUCUGAACUGGGAUUCAGAUUCAGACCCAGUCUCGAUGGUCAGCUUCCAAUGAACUCCAGGAUGAAAAAGAGCCACCCCCCCAAGGGGCCAUAUUGGGGUCUAAACAGAAUUUUGCGGUUGGUGCACAUUCAUAUAUUUUAAUGAAUUUAUUAUUGCACUUAAUAUCCAGCUUCUCCUCCAAGGAGCUCAAGGUGGCAUACAUAGUGCUCCUCCUCUCCAUUUUAUCCUCUUAACAACCCUGUGAGGUAGGUUAGGCUGAGAAAAGGUGACUAGCCCAAAGUCACCCAGUGAGCUUCACGGCAAGGUCACUUUAACCAUUACACACCAUUGCCCCUCUCUAUAAACAGGAGGGUUGGGGAGGGGAGGCUUACUAAGAGGAGAGCGUGUUCUGCAGCCUGGGCCAACCAGAGACAUUUUGCUGUCUGAGAUGACAUCAUCAUUCAGCAUGUAGAAGCUGACCAUACUGCUUUACAAAACAGCAUCCCAUAAUGUUUGGGAAUUUUUAGUUUACAGAAAAGGUGUCUGAGAGGCGACAUGAUAGAAGUUUAUAAAAUUAUGCAUGGCCUUGAGAAAGUGGAAAAGUUUUUCUCUCACUCUCUUAACACUAAAACUCAAGGACACGCAGUGAAUGUAGGAAUGUAGGAAUGUAGGAAGACAGACGGAUACCAAUAAUUUCACUUUUAUUUUGCCCGUUUGUUUUUUUUUAAACGAACAAAAUUGUUUUAGGUUAUGAAAGAAGAUGAUUGUUUUCCUCAGAUGCAAGCACUUAAUGCUAACUCUCUGAAAUCAAAUGGAAAUAUGAAAAAGGUGACUGAGUGGAAAUUGAGGUUUGGACAAGUGAUUGCCAGUAUUUCUUUUUUAAAACAGGUUUGGUACAAAGCACAGGGUUCAAACAGCACUGCUAUCUUGAAGAUACAGAAGUACAGCUGCAAAGAGCCAGAGGCAAUUUUUAUGUGUUUCACUGUCCACUAUGUUAAUAUGACACUCAAGGCUAAACUCCCAGUAUUAAUAAUAAUACUAAUACAGAUGGUAGGUGGCUUCGUGUGCCUGAUAAAUAUAAACAGAUUUGCUUUGGAUGCAGAGAUGUUUUAAUUAGUAUGUAUGUGUAAGCCGCUGCAAACUCAGAUCUGCAAGAACAGAACAUAAGAACUGGAUAUGCAUUCAGCAAGCUGGGGAGAAUAUCAGCUUUCAUUUACUCCCUGGCCCGGCCCCAAAUUCUAGUCCUCAUGUCUGCAAUGGGAAACCUAGUAAAAUCUCAGAAGCGAUGAUUGCGGGGGGGGGGGGUAGUGUUGUUGGCUGUUAUGCAAGACAGCCUGUGAUUGGCACCUCAGACUCCUCCACAGCACCAUGUCCAAGCAGAGUUAGAGCUGAAAUUGUCAAAUAUACCUGUUCUGCAAAAUAUAUCCAGCACGUAGUAUUCUCUUACCUUUGAUGCAGAAUUUGAGGCUGCCUCGCUGUAGGAUUUAGACUUGCUGCAGAUAGGCACAAUUCCUUUCAUACCCUCCGACAUUUCACAAGUGAAAAUAAUGAAAAUCUUGCAAUACUGCUGUUCUUAAACUGAGAAUUGCUGCCUGAAUCCAACCUGAUCUGCAUGACCUGCUGCCUGCACAGACCUGACCAUCUCUUCACCACAUUGGUGUAUGUCAGGGGUAGACAACCUUGUUCGCUCCAAGGGCCAGAUCCUUACCCGGAUCAGCCUCAAGGACCAAAUCUAAUGUCCCAAUGGCAUCGGGUGAUUUGCUGCUUUGAAGUCCUCAAAACACCUCAUAGGCAGCAAGGCGCUGCUAUAGCAAAGGGGAUAUGCAUUUUAGCAGCAGUUUCAAUGCAAACCCUUUCCCGAUUCAUUGAAUCCUGCUGAACUGAAUCAGAGUAUGCAUGUCAAAUCCUACUGCAUGCAGGGAAUCUGCUCAUGCAGCCAAACUGAGCAGGAUUUAGCCUCUCACCAGCUGACAAGUGUGUGUAUCUGUUAAAGCCUGCUACUGUAUUGUUUUCUCAUGACAGUCCAUGUGGCCUGCACAGCCAAUGCGGAAUUGAUUCCCACCCCCUACCCAUCAGUUAGCAGGGGCAGACCUUGGUAAUAUGGCAUCCUGUGUGAAGCCAAAAUUUGACACCCAGCCCUCACACCACCUUCCCAAAGGCGGAUAAGGGAGGCACCGCGCUUUGGGAAGGGAGGCGUGAAGCUCUGGCAGGGUCCUAAGAGUCUUCCUUCCUCCUUCCCAAAGCUGGGCAAAUGCUGCUAGGGUUUGGGAAGGAAGAAUGAGGACUCUAGGACCUUGUUAGAGCCCUCACAUCUCCUUUCUGAAGCUUACUAGGCUUUGGGAAGGAGACUUGGCCCCUGCGCCCUGUGUGGGGAAACCAGUUGCACUGCCCUAAAUCUGCCUCUGCAGAUGGCAUUAUUGAGUGGUGUUUGCUGAUGGACAGGUGGAUGCGGUUGGUGGAAAAUGGACUUGUGGGCCAAAGUGGGCUCCCUGGCAGGCAAAGAUGGGCCCAUGCAUUGGAGGUAUCGAGUGCAUGUCCAUCAUGCUCACAUAUCCAUGCUUACAGCCUUUCCCUCCAUAGCAGGCUAUUUGCCCUGUAUGGGGAAAACCCACAUAACUGUACCAGAGUGAAAUGUACUUCUCCUGAUCAUGUUACUUUUACUUUUUUUCUCCCCGCUAGGCACUAUUCAUUGUAAUAAAAAGUAGCCCACAAGGCUUUGGAAUGGCUCAUUAUCAGAAGGAGAGUAGCGGCCACAGAGCUGUGAAUACUCCAUACUUUGUAAAGGCAGCUUCAUGCUGUGGAAAUGCUUUUCUAUAUAAAUUAACUUGUUUACAAAUUGGACACACACAAUUCGGCACACUGGAGGAAGCCAUAUUAAAAAGGAUUAAGCUCAACAGUCCAGGGAAUUUAUAACCGGCUUGGCAGCCCUGAGUAUAUUUCAUUGAGACAGCCUUCUCAGCUAAAUGAAUACUAUAAGAAAGGUGGGUUUUUUGUUUUUUACAGGAGACUCUCAAAUCCUUUCUUGACAUUUAGAACAGCAUAUCAUGAUUUGGUAAUGUAAUCUUCCGACAGAGACACCUCCAAGGGAAAUAAAUUUGCCUAACUCACUUAACAAAUGUGGAAUGCUUGACAAUUCUUGCUGCAGUUCAAGGAUGGGAUCUGAUUUGUAAAAUGAGAGGCACCACAGUGGUACCUCGGGUUACAUACGCUUCAGGUUACAUACACUUCAGGUUACAGACUCCGCUAACCCAGAAAGAGUGCUUCAGGUUAAGAACUUUGCUUCAGGAUGAGAACAGAAAUCUGGCUCCGGCGGCGCAACAGCAGCAGGAGGCCCUAUUAGCUAAAGUGGUGCUUCAGGUUAAGAACAGUUUCAGGUUAAGUACGGACCUCCAGAAUGAAUUAAGUACUUAACCUGAGGUACCAUUGUAAUACUGUUAAAGGGUGGCUUUUUUCGGUGGGGGGGGUUGCGUGUGUGCCUGAGCCCCCUUCUACUUCCUGGAUCAAGCAUGAAUUUAAUUCCUGGAAUAGCUCGCUUCCUAGUGAGGUAAUGGCCCAUGUAUGGGUCAUUAAGGUAACAAAUGAAGUGCCUCACAUAGGUGGCCCUCAACUCCCUCAACUUGCUGGUAAUUAGAAAGGCAAAGCCCAGAGUUGAGUUGGUGUGUGUGUAGUAGAAGCAAGAAUCAGGCUGGGCAGCUGAGAGACAGAGCCAUGCUGGAUCUCUGCCAGAAUCCAAGGUUGUGGGAAUAGGAGAAACAAGACACUCUUAGGAUGUUAAUGCUGCGAGCCCCUCCGUCGAAGGUUCAGCUUGUAUAUAUGUGUAAAUAAACCACAUAUCUGAAAGGCACUGCGGUCUCUGCUGUCCCUCAUUCUGAGGAAACUGAACCCUGAGUAAGCGCUUGGAACCCUUGGAAUCUCACACUGCUCAGAGACUGGGAUGGUUUGCAACAAUACCAAUAUCUUCAGUGAUCUAUCUAUGCUUUUUGUACUGUACAGCAUCUGUACAGUUUUGCUUUGAUUUUAUCUGUGCUUUUUUGUAUUAUUAUGCUGUGCAUCAUCUACACUGACUGGCGGUGGCUGUCCAGGCUUUCAGGAAAAGUUAUCUCCUCGCCCUACCUGGAGAUGCCAGAGACUUAACCUGGGACCUUCUGCAUGCAAUGCUCUGCCACUGAGCUACAGUCCUUCACUAAAUUAUCUGGGAAGCUCAGGUCCAGUCACCUGAUCUGAAACAGAUCUAGGAACGAAGAACACCAUCUUAAAUGCUGCAGCUUGGUCUUUUGUUACAGUUGUGUGAAAGAGCUUGCCCACAUCAUUGUAUCUGGUGCCAGGAUAUAGUCUAAGGCUGAAGCUAAGCAGUACUGAAUCUGGUCAGUGCCUGGAUGGGUGACUGCCUGAGAACCACCUGCACAUUGGCUUAGUUUCCACAAUGAAAGAAAGGCAGGCUAUAAAAGGCAGAAAAUACAUAUGCAAUUCUGGGUCAAACUCCCUGGUGAUCCCUGGAGAAUCAAAUGACACAAUUCUUGCAGGGCUGUCUAAACCAUUUUGCUGCUUGACGAAGAGGAUAAGCCGGUCCCUGCUCCCUAAAUUCCAUGUAUCAUAGCCAACUUGACCCAAAGCAGUUGACUCUUUUUUCAGUGAUGAAUGCAGGGUAGGCCAGGUUGCAUAUAUUGCCCCUAUCCUUUUGCCUCUCCUCAGAAUGUGCUACCUCGGCCAGCCACACUGAACACUUCUGCAUCAAACUGUAGCUGGAGGAUCAUAGUUUUGAGUGCUUCCAUGUUAAAAACAAAGCAAAGCAUAUACAAAUCAAUCUGCUGGUAAUACACUAGUUUUCUAUGCAUGUAAAGGAACAUGGGAAUAUACUCUGGACCAGGAAUAUACUGCUUGGCCAUUCAGUGAAGUUUUGCCUACUCCAAUGGGUAGCAGUUCUUCCCCAGAGUCUCAGGCAGAGUUCUCUCACAUUAACUGCUAUGUUUUUGCAGAAUGAGCCAAGUUUUGUGAAUUCAUUGCUCCACCCACUUUUGCCUGUGGCCCUGCCCACCACUGGCAUGUGGCCCCUGGACAAUAUUCCUCACUCUUGAAGUUAUAAAACAAUGCCAGAAAGCACACAAGAAAUAAUGCCAGAAAGUAGCCAAUCAAACCUAGAAAAAUAUCAACUUAGUUUCAGAAUGUCUGAAAAAGUCUUUUGUUACUACUUUCCCUUGUGCUUUGCUUUGUCAACAGGCUUUUAUGUGUAUAAUUUCUCACUCUAACCACAGACCUGGAUAUUUGUCCACUUAGCUCUUGGGGGAAUCUUUUGUCCUUUUCCUACUUGACCUCUGAAUAAUUUAAUUAAUUCAUCUGCUUUAAUUUAAUCAGCAAACCAGUAUUAAUUAAAAGGGAGAUGAUUCAUUGAGACAUUCCUUUAAUCAGUGUGUAGCCCUAAAAGAAAGAAGCAAACAAAAAUUAAACAGCAGCAGUCAUCCUGGUCCACCUUAGGGUUUUGGAUAUGACUCAGGGAGGAGGCAAUGUCAUUGUUGACCCUAGGGACAUCUUUGUAUCCUGGAGGAAGUGGUGGGGGAAUUUAGCUAUUGAUAGCCUUAUCCUCCACCAAUUUGCCUAAUCCUCCUUAAAACCAUCCAGGUUGGUAGCCAUCACUACUUCUUGGUGGAGCAAAUUUAAGUACGCACAGUGUGAAUAAGUGCUACCUGUUGUUUGUCCAUAACUUCUCUCCAUUCAACUUCAUCAGAUGAUCCUGUUGCAGUCUAGUGUGAUGAGAAAUGAGGGAAAAACCCACAUUCUGCAUACCAUGCAUAAUUUUACACACCUCUAUCAUUGUCCUGCUGUGAAUGCUGAAGACUGCUCCCUACAAGGCCCUUUCCACCUGGCCUAGGGGGUGGGGCCCAGACUCACCCUGCUCAACAUAAGAGACUCCUGGGAGGGAGGGACAUUGCCUGCUGCAAGUGCUGAAGAGCCCAGACUCACUGGAACAAACUCUGGAGUUGGGGCAACUGUUGAAAGUGUUUUUAAAAGUUUUAUAAUAGUUUUUAAUCUGUUGCAUUUUAUUUUUUGUUUUUGUUUUUGGGGGAUGGGGUAAACGUUUAGUUGGGGCUGGGGAUUAUUUUAAUUUUAGUAUAACCAUAAAUUGUGUGGGGGUUUUCAUUAGUUUCUACUGUUUUAUUGGUUUAUUGUAUAGUCUUUAUAACAUAUUCUGUUCUGAAGGGGAGAGGGUCAGGGCUGCCUGGGAGUGGGCCUCAGCCAACAGAAUGGCUGGGGCAGGUUCCACAGUUUGGGAUGCACUGAGACACCCAAUCGCAGUGAUCAUGGGUAGGAGGAGGAGUUACGCUAAGACCAGACCGUGUCAUUACUGAGGAGGCAGAUUAAGUCGUUGUUUGAACACUAUCCCUGCCUCCGGGUCUGGUCUUGACCAGAAGGAUACUGGAAUCAACAAAGGAGACCCACAUGGCUGUAAGGUGCUGCUGCAAUGCCAGGUCAAUGAUCCACAAGACCACUGUCAUCCACGAUUUGAUCGCGGGUGGAAGAAUUGAUCUGGCAUGUGUGACAGAGACUUAGUUGGAUGAAGCAGAUGGGCCUGUCCUUGCUGCUGCUUGUUCACCAGGUUUCUCUUACGCACAGCAAACUAGGUCAUAUUGGGGGGGGGGGAGGGUUGCAGUGAAUUUUAGGAAGUCAUUAACUUACACUGGGCGUCCUAUUGGGAAGACCCAGUUUUCUGAGUGCAUGUUCUGGAAGUUGGGCAAUAGGGGAAGUACAGGAUUCCUUUUGGUGUACCGACCUCCCCGCUGCACCAAGGAUUCCCUGCCUGUUGCAGGUUGUGGCGGAUGUUCUCCCAGAUAUACCUAGUUUGGUUGUCCUGGGGGACUUUAACAUCCAUGCCAAUGUGACCUUACAAGGGGCUGCUCAGGACUUCGUGGAAAGCAUGGCCUCCAUGGGGCUGUCCCUGAAUAAGUUUGGCCCAACUCAUAGUCACAGACAUGCCUUAGACCUCUAUGGACGUUGGUGAUCUGACACUAAGUAAAAGUGAAACAAAAGAAGUGCCAUGGUUGGAUUACUUCCUGGUACAACUGGACUUCUCCUUGACCCAUCGAGCCUACCAAGUGGCGAUAGUGACGGUGAAGAGGACUUUCUUCAUCGCCUCUAUUGCAUCUGCAGAAAAAAGUAGCAGGAGACUCUUUCAGGUGGUUCGCAAUCUAAUGGAAUCACCUCCACCAUCAGGCCCCAAGUUCUCCUGCAAUGAUUUUGCAAAGAUUUUUGCAGAUAAAGUUGCUCAGAUUUGGAAUGAGGUAGACUGCACCAUGGGAGCAGGGGUGGGAUGGGUGGGACAAGUCCUGUCUAGUCAAGUUGCAUGGGAUCAUUUCUAAUCUCCUAUCUCCGAGGGUGUAGACAGACUGCUUGGAUGAGUGAAACCAACCACAUGUCUCCUUGAUCCUUGCCCAUCCUGGCUCAUAAAAGUGAUCUGGGAAGGGAUGAGCAAUGGGCUCUGCGGGGUGGUGAAUGCUUCCCUCUGUGAGGGAGCCUUCCCAGAUCUGCUGAAAGAGGUGGUUAUUAAACCACUUCUUAAAAAACCAUCUUUGGACCUGGCCAAUAUGGCCAACUAUCGCCCAGUAUCAAAACUUCCAUUCUUGGGUGAUUGAGUAGGGGGUAGCUGAACAACUCCAAACAAACCUGAAUGUGGAUGAUAUCCAGCUCUACCUCUCUUUUAAAUCAGAACUGGUGAAGGUCCUGUGUGGGUGCCUGGAGGCAGUUGGAGGAUGGAUGGUGGCUAACAGAUUGAGGUAGAAUCCUGACAAGACAGAAGUAUUGUUUUGGGGGGACUGGGGGUGGGUGGGGGUGGGGGACUCCCUGGUCCUGAAUGGGGUAACUGUGCCCCUGAAGGAGCAGAUGUGCAGCCUGGGAGUCAUUUUGGAUUCACAGCUGUCCAUGGAGGCGCAGGUCAAUUCUGUGUCCAGGACAGCUGUCUACCAGCUCCACCUGCCCACAGACUGUCUCACCAGAGUGGUACAUGCUCUAGUUAUCUCCCACUUGGACUACUGCAAUGUGCUCUAUGUGGGGCUACCUUUGAAGGUGACUCGGAAACUACAAUUAAUCCAGAAUGCGGCAGCUAGACUGGUGGCUGGGAGUGGCUGCCGAGACCACAUAACACCGGUCCUGAAAGACCUACCUUGGCUCCUGGUAUGUUUCCGAGCAUAGUUCAAAGUGUUGAUGCUGACCUAUAAAACCCUAAAUGGCCUUAGCCCAGUCUACCUGAAGAAGCGUCUCCACCCCCAUCAUUCAGCCUGGACACUAAGGUCCAGCUCUGAGGGCCUUCUGGCAGUUCCCUCACUGUGAGAAGUGAAGUUACAGGGAACCAGGCAGAGGGCCUUCUUGGUAGUGGCCCGCCCUGUGGAACACCCUCCCUUCAGAUGUGAAGGAAAUAAGCAACUAUCUGAAUUUUAGAAGACAUCUGAAGGCAGCUCUGUAUAGGGAAGUUUUUAAUGUUUGAUAUUUUAUCAUGUUUUUGAUAUUCUGUUAGGAGCUGCCCAGAGUGGCUGGGGAAACCCAGCCAGAUGGGCGGGGUAUAAAAUCAUCAUCAUCAUCAUCCUCAACUCCCCCCCCCAAUCAAAAAUAAGUCUCAUAAGUUGUAAACUUUCCUGAUGGGGUAAGAAAGCUUCCACUGUCAGAGGCAGUAAUGCUUCUGUAUACCAGAUGCUAGAAACUGCAGGAGGGGAGAGCACUGUCACUGUGUAUUUGGGCUUCCCAGAGGCAUCUGGUUGGCCAUUAUGAGAACAGGAUGUUGAGCUAGAAAGGCCACUGGAACUUGCUGGAACUCAGUUCCGGUACCUCUCAGGUGGAUGCCAUUGCCAUUCCAAGAGAACAAGGGAGUCCCACACCUCUUUUUCUAGAUAAAUAGCAGUGGCCACAGGGCUAGUCUUAUGCAGGAAAGUCUUAUGUUCUUAUGCUCUAGCCUCUUGAUCAUUUUGAUUGCUCAAUUGCUUCAUGAUAUAAAAGAAAAGAUAUAAAGGAAAACUGUUCAAAGGCACAUUAUGGCAAUUCUGCACUAGAUGAACCUUUUUUAAGGGCAGCCUUCUGUGGAGCGCAUGGUGGCAGUCCAAUUUGGUGUAUGUCCACCAGUUAUGGAACUCUGUUAGCCUCCUUGCCCAAGAUGCCUGCCUUCUCUUUCAGCCAUGGGUCUCACACUACAACAUCUGAUGUGUUCAAAGAGCCAAGAAGUUUCAUUCUGACUGUACUGGAGGACUCGUUUUAAUAACUCCAUGCUGAAGUCUGUGAGAGCUGCAAUAUUUUUGGUAUGAUUCUUUCACUUUCAUUCAAAGCCCUGCUUGGAUGUCAUUAGCCUUUGUUACAUUAUCUCCUCUGUCCAGCCUGUCUUGGUGAGUCAUUCCACAUAGACUAGCAGAUCCUUUAAUAAUUCAGCUCGUUAGGAGAUGAUAUCCAACUGUCCUUUGGAAUUGCCUUGAAGACUAAAGAAGAAGAAGAAGAAAGGAAAUCUAAGAAACCAAGUUAUCCCAGGAGAAGCUAUUAUCUCCACUGCCCAUAAGGUGAUGCUAACAGGAAAGGCUGCAAAGUGGGGGACAAUGACUUCCAUUCAGGAUUUCUAAAAUGUUGAAAAACUUGCUCAUGAGGCAGAUGGGCAACAGCUGCAAAUAUUAACAAAGCAUGGAUGGGAUUAAUUCCUUUCUUCCACAUCAACACACCCUGAAAGAGUUUCAUUUGUGGACAUGUCUUGUCCAGACAGGCACUGAGGGAGGCCUAAGGAUGGAAGAAGGCAUUAUUUCCCAUUCAGCUCUCUCUAUUAAUUGCAUGUAGCACUGUUUCUGUCCCGCUGUAUUUCUCCAUCUGCCAAAAACUGUUAUUCUUCUCACUGUCCACUGUGGCAAUAUUACAGAACCUCUUAUCAUUGGCCAUGCUGCCUGAGGCUGAUGGGAGUUGAAGCCCAACCUUUGGCGGGCCACAUUUCCCCAUUCCUGCUAUAAAAAGGUUACAAAGGAGAAAUAUAGAAGGACAAGAGCCACAGACAAGUGGCUAGCAGGACUUCACAGCAGAACAGGGCUUUGUUUUAUUCAACCACUUAAUCCCAAAUUAAAUUUCAUAAAAGGCCUGUGGUUGUACUACAGAAUAAUAAUAAUAAUAAAUAAAUAAAUGCUGAUGGUAUUCUGGGCACUGCAUGCUUUUAGGGCAAUGAAAGGAAAAACACAAUUUAAUCUGUUUAACAGACUGUGUUAUUGGAUUGGGACUUCCUUGGCACUUUGGGGAGAAGUCCUUUUGCUGUUAUUCAGAUUCAGAGUGCAAUUGGGUGCCAAGAACUACAAACAACACACACACACAGGCGCCAUUGUGGAAGUGUGGCAUGGGAGGACUCAAAAGCUUGACCUCCCCCAGGAUUCUCCAAGCUCCUUCGCUGAAUUUUCAGUUUUUAUUACGAAAGAAGAAGUAGAAUCCACUUUUACGUCAAGAGAAAUAAGGAAGCAAGAUCCAGGCCAUAGCUCAGUGGUAGACCAGCUACUUCUUAUGUGGAAGGCCCCGGGUUCAACCUGCAGGUAAGCUUGGAAGAGACUAGGGCUCAGCACAACCCUCCUCAAUCCACCCCAUGGCUCCAACCCAGGGACCCCCAGUCAGGCCAACCUGCCUUUAUCCAAUCUGGGGACCACUUAACCUGCCUCAAAUCCAGUCCCAAAUUAAUUUGGAGAGUGUGGCUUAUGUUUAAUUAGGGUUAAAAACAUACGGCUGGGGUGAGACAUUACAUAUCCUUCCCCCAUUUCUUACCAAGCAUGGGGUGGUGGUGUUUUCAUUUUGCUGGAUGCUCCUGUGGAAAAGCUGCUUACGAACGAGCAUCUUGUACCCCACAAGAUUUAUGCACUGAUAUUAGGUUGAGGCAACAGGCAGGAAGGAGAGGCAGGUGUCAUUGGGGGGAAGUAGGCCCAGAUUGGGAAGCAGACCAGGAUUGGAGGUGGGGGAAAGGGGUAUGUGUUGUAAAAGGCUGCAGUCUGGUGCCAGGCAUUAUCUGAGCAAGUUGGUCACUCAGAGCUCUUCCUGCCUUGUGUGUGCCUCUUCAGGACUGGAACAGGACAGCAAACAGGACAUGCAGGCACAGAUGCUUGUUGGAGGAGAAGCCCCAGUUCUUCAUUGAGGUUUUGUGGGUUGGGAAGCACAGGGGUCACAGAGGCUGAUGCUUUAUCUAUCUGGGGCUUGCUUUGAAAGUCAGAUCAACACAUGGUCUCAAGAAACAAAGGAAACACAUGCUGGAGGGUGCAUGAUAUGGCUAAUUGGACCUUUGUCAUUAGCAUUACAGACUGUGCUGGAGAGGGAGAGCAGAUUGCAUUUAGCUCUAUGUUUAUUUGACUGGUGCCCCCCCCCACUCCAUUGGUGGGAUAUGUUGGUUUUCUGUAAUUUUCCUAUUGCAAAAAUAAUUUCCCUAAAAACUAUUUUCUUUCCCUUUAGAAUAUUUUCACUUUGUUUCAUUAAAACCUUGUGGUCUCCAAUUAUACACCACUCCAUAUAUAUCCCCCCCCCCAAAAACCCUGCUCCAACACCCGGUGUGGCCCACAGGGGUGGGGCUAGCCGCCCGCGGGGGUGCGUCAGCAUUGGCUUGUGUCCCAGGGGGGUGCAUCAGUGGCAGGAAGUGUCCCAUUGGCACACGUCCCAGUGGGGUGCGCCGGUGGCGGGGAGUGUCCCGGGGGGGCAGAGCUCGCAGUGAUAUCACCCCCCUCAGGGAAGGCACAUGGGGCGGCCCGCACCCACCACACCCACCUUGCUCUGCUACUGCCUCACCUUUCUUUUAACUUGUGGAGGGGCUGUGCCAUCCCAACCCACUUUUUAGCCACAGCUAAAGUUACAGGAGCAACAAGUUGAUUGCUCAGUUGAGAUCUGAAUGUGGGUUCUAAUUAUCCCAACUACACUUCUCAUUUUCAAAUAAAUAUAUUUGCUGAAACUGCAUGUGUGUGUGUGUGUGUGUGUGUGUGUGUGUGCGCGCGCGUGUGUGUGUGUGCGUGCGUGUAUAGAGGACUGGAAACAAUUAAUUAGAAAUUUUCAUUAAGUAUAAUGACACUCUCCAAGAACACUUUCCAGGCCUUUCUAAUCAAGCACAGCCUUGACAAAGCUGUUUUUAACCUUUACACUGGAACACAACUGGAGAAAUGACUGAAGGCAUAUAUAUUCCUCCGAAAUGUAUUGUUCAAUAAGCACAGGAUCAAAUGGCCUCUGAUUAAAUCCAAAUAAUAUGAUAUUUUGGAGUGGAAAAUGUCACUUGGUGAAAUAGAUUAUGAUCUCACCCUUUGCAUCAAGCCAAAACAUCCUUGAUAUGUUAGCAAUAAAACUUUUUCUUUUUGGAAUUUAGAAACGAGGCUACAACCUACUUGUGAGGGAUACCUCCUGCUUUCUGUCAUUUGUUCCUGAUACAUCUUAUUCCAAUUUUCUCCCUGUUUGGAGACAUGCCUCCUUAAAUUUUGUUAGAUACAACUCAAUGGAGUUGUCAUUCUUCAAUGUUCGACUCUGGGUCGGCUCUAACAUUAGACAGAGUGUGGCAUCUGCCUCAGGCAGCAGAUGCUUUGUGGCUGUAGUGGCAGCCUUCCAACCAUUCCUCCUAAGCUUCCUAUUAAUUCUCCUCUUCAGAUCAGAGCUGUGUGUUGGCACAUGGCCUGUUGUGUACACUAUCCUAGUGCAAUGGAGGACUUGCCCCAUUGCCAGUCUUAUAUCAAGAUUUCUGUGCCAAUCCAAUCAACAUCUUGCCCUCUGCUUCAGGGAGGAGAAUAUCCUGGGCCAGCCCUGGUUCAACUCCCUCCCCAGAAUCUACAGAAGAGCCUUUCUUCUAUCAACCUAAUGUCCUCAAUAUGAUGCCAAAUUGCAUCAGCUGCAGCCAGGGUGGAUAAUGAUCAGGCGUUAUGGGAGCUGUAGUCCAACAACUUCUGCAAGGCAACAGGGUAUUUAUUUAUAGCAUUUUAUGCUCAUCCUUUGUCAAAUGAUCUGAGGGUGAGCUGCGGAAAGCUGCACUAAAAGUUAAAUAUCUAAAAAGUAAAUUUCUAAAAAGUAAAUAGCAGGUGCAAGCAGCCUGAUCCAGAUUGUGAGGAGUAUGAGGAUUUAACUCAGGAAAACUCAGGAUUUAACUCAGGGAAAGGAAACCUGAUGCACACUAGAAGUUGUUGGAUUCCUUCUCAUCAUUACUGAUCCUUAGUCAUAUUGUCUGGAGCAGAUGGGAGCCUUGGUAGCAAACUUUCCCCAAGAGCUGGGACGAGGAGAAGCAGGUGGAAAAACCCGCCUUUGCUGCAAGAGGUGCCUCUGAAGAUUGCUUUUUCAAACUCCCGAUAAAGUCAAAUGUCAAGGAAGCAAAAGGGGAGCUAUUUCAGUAUUAGCAAUUCUGCAUGCAGCUGUUGAUGAUGAAUAUGAUGUGUGCAAUUAGAACAGCACACACUAUUUAGUGCUCCGCGUUUUGCAAAAUGGCUUUCUGUUCGAGUAGGUCCUUUCCCAUUUAUAAUCAGCGACAGCUACCAUUCACUGCCAGGAAAGCCUGAUUCAUUCUGACUCACUGCUGAAGUCCCUGCACUGCCGUGUGUGUGUGUGUGUGUGUCCACGUGUGAAGAAUAAUACAAUAUUCAUGCUCUUUGAUGGAGCCAGCGUGUAUGUUCCUCGUGGAGGUACAGGCCCUGCCUUUUGAAUUACCUGAAUAAUGGGCUGUGCCUCAAAUGUAACUUCAGUGAAACUAUUUGAAAGUCACAGUUUGGAUAAAUCUGGGCCAUGCUGUAGCGUUCCCCCAAAAGCCUACUCAAAGUGAAUUCUGAAGACUGCAUGUUCUUUUUAUACAGCUAUGCUUGAAAUUCUCCUAAGAGUUUUGCACGUACGGGAAAAAUACAUGCAGGCUACCUCAAUAUUUUUUUCCUUUCUUUCAGAGAAGAAUACAGCUGAGCUGCUUUGAAUUAAAAGACAACAACAGCAUUCAGCAGGUGGCCCUAGCCUUUCCACAAACCAUUAAAGACUAGAGAUAAGGAAGAAAUUUGGUUCAGAUUACACUUAAAUAUGAGCCCACGUAAUCUGCACUUCUGAAAACAAUAUGUGAGCAAAGUCGUCCUUAUGAAAUUCGCACUUCUCUGAUUUUUUCCAAUGCAGUUUGCUAGGGUAAAGUGUACAUGUAAGUGCAUACAUUGAUGAAAAUAAAAUGUAUCAUAUUAAGG